AUGGCGCCACCGUCCCGCUCUCCAGACGUUCCAACUCCACCCAGCCGGAUCCCCGUUCGCUCCCCGCCCGCAAGCCCAUCACAACGAGACCUCGCCCACGCACAGCCUGGAUCACAGCCGAUGCGCCACGAGACGGAAUUAAUAGUAUUCUUUCCUCUCCCCAGCACCUUCAAAUGCACUGAAAAAGGCUGCUCAACAAGCUACUCACCGGCAGUGUGGACAUCGCGACGGCAAUCUCUCCAGCGACACCUCGAGCAACAGCACGGCUGCAGGAUCGUAACCACAACACAUUUCUGCACUCUUUGCAGGAAAAUCCUGGGAUACCGGCCGACAUCGCACGGAUGCCUCACUAAAGGCCAGCACGAAUUCAGCACGCCGACCCAGAACCAGCACAAAUGCACUGAAUGCCCGUAUUCCUUUCCUUCCAGAAAAGGACUCGACAACCACAUGAAGGCACACAGGAGACGAGCGGCCGCUCAGCAAGCAUCGUCCGCUAAUCAACCAGCUUCGCCUACGACUAGCGACGACUCUAACGUCGAUGCUCCCAUUUCAGUCGCGACACCGGCCCCCUCGAACGAGCCCACGCCGGCCUCAACACCUGGCACUCCAAGACGCGGCAGCCCCAACGUUGACUCUCCCAUCUCAGUCACGACCACGACACCGGCGCCCUCGAAGGAGCCCACGCCGGCCUCAACGCCUGGCACUCCGAGACGCGGCAGCCCUCCGACUAUGACUUCAACACCGAAUUUGACAGAAGCAGCGUCUCCCUCUCUUUCAGAAGGCGGCGACUCUAACGCACAGCUUCUCCCCUCUCCCCCUUUGCAGCAGGCGUGCGCCAAUCAGGACACGGCACACGACAGCUCGGCGAGCAGCACAGCCUCCUCUCCCGAAGCGCCGAUGUCGCCUGCAGCCGCCGAGCACAGCGACGCGGUCUCCGAAGAAGCUGACCUCCUCUCUCUCGCAGGCACGAUAACAGACGACGGCGUGCUAGCCAAGCACGCCAAGCAGCUGCGGCAGCUGCAACGAGAGGCGGUCUCGGACUCCGCGUGGCUGCAGUUCACGGACAUCCUGGAAGACGCCAUACAGGUAGUGUCCGAGGCGGUAAAGCUCCCAGCAGCUUCCGCUAACGGGAAGCCGCGCCGCCCCCUGAAUCCUGAGAAUGCUCAGCAGAUUCAGGCACUGUACCGGCGGAACCGUCGACGUGCAGUGAGGCUGAUCGUGGAGGGCGAGACACGUUUGUGCCCGAUCCCCCUUGGCGAACUAGAAGAGCACUUCAGUGAGACUUGGGGGCCACGGGAAGCCGACACUUCGCUCCUUCUGAGCAAGGUGAAGCGGAGCGACAUGGCCGAAGUCAGCCUUGCGCAAUUCACCAACGGUGAGGUAGUUUCUCGCCUUCGCAAGUGCGAGAACACUGCCCCCGGAAGUGACCGCCUCACCUAUCAACAUUGGCGCACAACUGACCCAGAUGCCGUAUUUCUCACCGCAGUGUUCAACGUCUGCCUGCGGUACCGGAGGACGCCUGCUGCCUGGAAGGAGUCGCGGACCGUGCUCAUCCACAAGAAGGGGGACCCCGGGGACGCCGCAAACUGGCGGCCCAUUGCCCUUGGGAGCACGAUCUCAAAACUGUACGCGGGGUGCUUGGCAUCUCGUUUGCAGGAGUGGAUCGCCUCUCAAGAAGUGCUCUCCCGUUGUCAAAAGGGGUUCCUGCCGUAUGAUGGUGUGUACGAGCACAACUUCGUACUGCAGGAGCGCCUAGACGCGGCGAGAGCCGGCGGUGGGCAGUUGUGUGCGGCGUUCCUGGACUUCGCCAACGCGUUUGGCUCGGUCCCCCACAACGCCCUCAUCGACGCGCUGCACGGAGCGGGCGCGGGAGCUGACUUUUGUGCUGUUGUUGCCGAUCUUUACAGGGACAACAAGACCAGCAUCAUCGCGGAGGCAGGGACCACGUCCCCGAUCGAGAUCUCCGCCGGCAUACGACAGGGUUGCCCACUGAGCGGCCUCCUGUUCAACCUGGUGCUCGACCCAGUUGUGCGUGCGUUACAGGGAGGCGAUAAGCAGCACAACGUGCUCGCUUACGCCGAUGAUCUAACGCCGCUGGCUGACGACCCAGGUUUGCUACAGAGCCGCAUUAACGUAGCGGCAACCCUCUCGAGCCAGCUCGGGCUGCGUCUCAACCCCGCGAAGUGCAAGUCACUGCACCUCUCCGGGCAGACACCCGUGGGGACAAGACCUACGACCUUCACGGUCUACGGCACCCCAAUCACCUCGAUCGGUGACUUCGAGGCGCACGCCUUCCUGGGACGGCCGGUGGGAUUCUCGGUGCUACCGGACCGGGCGACCGUGGACGAGGCCAUCAGCGUGGGUCGCCGCCUGCUCACCUCGAUGCUCGCCCCAUGGCAGAGAUUGGACGCCGUUAAAACUUUUGUAUUUCCGGCGCUCAACUUUUCCAUGAGGUGUGGCUCCCUUGGUAAAGCAGAGUGGUCUCGCCUGGACACAACGCUCCGCCCGCUGAUCAAAAAGACGCUCUACCUGCCCGCGAACGCUGCCAACGACUACCUUUACGGUAGCUCCGCGGCUGGCGCGAUCGGCAUCCCGGUAGCAGCGGAAAUCAGCGACGUCUGCAGAAUUGAUAAUGCUUUCAAAUUGCUUUCUUCUGCAGACAAGGAAGUCCAGGACCUGGCGUUGCAGGCGCUCACGAACGUGACCAGCAAGCGGCUGCGGCGGCCUGCAGACCCCGGGGACAUGGCGGCCUACCUGAGCGGCGAGACGGAGGGCGACUUCCGGGCUACGGCAACGCAACUCCAGUCCGUGUGGACGGAGGCCCGCAAGGCUUCUCGACGACUCGGUGUUGCCUGGGAGUUGGAAGAAGAAGGCCCGCGUAUCUCGAGGGGUGACGUGACACUUGGUCCGAGGAAGCGCACUAAGGUGGUGAGGACACUCCGGAUGGCACUGGCGCACGCACGAAACCACGAUCUCCACCAAAAACCCAACCAGGGGAAAGUGAUGGAGUGCGUCGCCGCUGACCGGAGCAGUUCCCACUUUUUGCGUACCGGCCAAUUCACAAGGUUUGCCGACUGGCGUUUCGUUCACCGGGCUCGGCUUAACGUCGUUCCCCUGAACGCAGCGAGGCCGUGGGCAACGGCCGUGGACCAACGGUGUAGGGUGUGCGGCUCUCAUCCCGAGACUCUGCCGCACGUCCUGUGUCACUGCAUGACUCACAGUCAAGCAUACACAAGCCGCCACAACCAGAUCGUAAACCGAGUGAAAGCCGCUGCCUCCAACAGGUUCACUGUCACCCACGAGAACCGGCCUGUGGGCACGACUAACCUCCGUCCCGAUCUUGUGCUUUGCAGGGGCGAGGAGGCUAUCAUCGUGGACGUAACCUGCCCCUUUGACAACCGGCCUGCAGCCCUGAUCGAGGCCCGCCAGAAGAAGGAGGAGAAGUACAAGCCAGUCCAGGAGUACCUGCAGCGGAAGUACCAGAAAGUGUCCGUGGAGGCGAUCAUCGUCGGAGCCCUCGGAUCCUGGGACCCCCGGAACGACCGCGUCAUGCGGCGCUUCUGCAGCAAGAAGUACCUGCGGCUGUUCAAGAAGUUGGCUGUCAGCGAGACCAUCGCGGCAUCCCGCAACGUCUACGCUGACCACAUCGCCGCCAAGUGA